AUGCCGGCGAAACGUUUGGGAAUGUUCCACGUCCACGGUUCAACUUUGGAAAUGAUCAUGCAGACAAUGGCCCGCGAAACGUUUGGGAAUGUUCCACGUCCACGGUUCAACUUUGGAAAUGAUCAUGCAGACAAUGGACCCCGUACGAGACUGGCACCCCAGGCUGAUGCUAGGCUCCGUGCUGAGCAACAGGCUCAUCUAGUUCAGGCGCAGCAGUUUCAUCAUCACCACCCGGCCGCCUACACCUUCGGACAUCCAAGUAGUCGAGUUGAUCUUGUUCACCUCGACCCAACUAGUGGACUACUUUAUCCUGCUGGCAUUCCGCCUAACGGUAACAUGGCUGCAGUUGCCUCUAACUACUACAGAGUCACCUAA